AUACCGAGGAUGGAAAACUCUGCAUGGUCUAUGCAACUGAAGAUUUUCUUCUCCUUGUUUGGAUCCGCAGCGGGGACGGUGAUGGAAUUGAUAGUUGGGUGCUGCAAGACAUUAUCCGUUUGAGGGCAGAAAUGGAUCAGUUCACUACUACACCCUGGCAGUGGGAGGGCCAAGUCGAAGUUGUGCAAGUUAGGUUUGGAUGCGUGUACUUGUGCAUGACAAGCAUAACCGCUGCCGGCACACAGCGCAGCUCCUUCUUCUACCUUUCAUUGGAGACCAUGGAGAUUGAGCUUCUGAUCCACGGCACAUCUGGUGACUCUGCCUAUCCGUAUAUUAUGGCUUGGCCUCCUUGUUUGGUUGGUGAUGACAGGAGGACUGAACAUGAGGUUGAAGGAUCCUGCAGCUGUUUGCUGAAGUCCAGUAACUACACCAAGCAGAAGCGCAAGUCCUCGAGCCUGAAGGAGACGAGCCCCGUCGGCCUGGCCACGGAUUUCAACAGUGUGGACGUGGUGAGGCAGCCGCUGUCGCCCUUGCAGCCAAAGUCUCCAGACUGCAGGGUGCACAAGAAGUGAAGCCGGUCCUGACAUUCUCUUCUGGAUGGCUUGCAGUGAAGUAAACUGAACAUCCAUCCCUUAGCUAGGCAUCGUCCAGGGCUGUG